UUGCUCCAUUUCGAGUAAUUUUCAUUCACGCCACAAUUCACGUUGAAGAGUAGAUUUGCUUCAGUGUGAAUUUUUCACAGUGUUUGUGUUAGUUUAAAUUUUUCCUGUGAUUGUUUCAAACAGCGACUACUUACAUUCCAUAGGUUUCAAAGAUGCCAGUAGCAGAUAUAAAAUCAAGUUGGGCUGAUGAGGUAGAAGAGGAGGGAGGAGUGUUGCCACCACCCUCAGAAACUUAUGAAAAUGGGUUUAAAAUUCUCACUGAAUACAAAUACAAUCAAGAUAAUAAAAAAGUAAAAGUGGUUCGCACGUACAAGAUAGAAAGGCGCAUAGUUUCAAAGACAAUUGCUGUGCGCAAAAAUUGGGCUAAGUUUGGAGAUUCUUCAGAUGAUAGACCUGGACCCAAUCCUGCCACCACAGUUGGCAGUGAAGAUGUAUUUAUGCAGUUCAUUUCCAGCAAGGAAGAAGAAAAUAAGGUUGAAGAGGAUAAUCUCGAUAAGCUUAAAAAUAUGGGUGAUAAAGGUGUAGUAAAAUGCCGUAAUUGUAAUGGAGAUCACUGGACCUCAAAAUGUCCUUACAAAGACACUGUCCUUGCUGGAGGAAAAGUACCGGAUGACAAAAAACCAAUAAUUAACGCUGGUACUCCCGGUGCAGUGGCUGAGUUGAAGCCUCAAGGUAGCAAAUAUGUUCCACCUAGCAUGCGUGAUGGAGGCAACAAACGAGGGGAUCCCAUGCAAAUGCAAAAACGAGAUGACAUUACUACCAUUCGUAUCUCCAACUUAUCAGAGAGUACCACCGAUGCAGAUCUGGAUGAGCUUGUUAAGCCAUUUGGAUCUGUACUCAAAUUUUAUCUUCCUAAAGACAAGCAAACCAAUCUUUGCAAAGGAUUUGCAUAUGUGCACUUUAAAUAUAGAAACGAAGCUGCAAAAGCUAUUGCUACGCUCAAUGGUUAUGGUUACGAUCAUCUUAUUCUGAAUGUAGACUGGUCAAAGCCACAAACGCAAAAUAAUUAAAAUUGUUAAAUAUAACUGGAAAUUUUGAUUACUUGGUGUGUAUAGGAGAGUCUCUGUAAUUGUUUCUUUAUUAUAACACCAGAAGCAGAAUAAUAAAGUAUUUGAUUUCAGUUAUGGAUGCUUUACACAGAAACAGUAGGUAUAUUUAGCCGAAUAUCAAUAGUAUUAAUACAAUUGUUUUUUAUUUGGAUGUGACGAAUUUAUGAAAUAGCCUUUCUGCUUCUGGUGUUAUAAUUUAUCAUCAGUUCUAAUUCGUUAAAUGUUACAUCAUUCUCGUCUGUAGAACGUGACGAUGUAUCUAUUCAACCACAAUUUGUAUUCUUAGCAUUUUUUUGAUUGAAAAUAAACCA